AUGGCUGGGACACACACCACCUCGAGUACCAUAGAAUGGGCAAUGACAGAGUUACUACACAAACCGAAAACAAGGGUGAAAGAUAGAAGCGAGCUCGAAGAAGUCCUAGGCAAGGGUACGAGAGUUCAAGAAUCUGACACCGCAAAGCUCCCUUACUUGCAGGCAGUGGUGAAGGAAACCUUCAGGUUGCACCCACCAGUCCCAUUGAUAAUUCGUGAGGAGGCUGGAAUGAACUCAGAAAUAUGUGGCUACACGGUCCCCAAAUCUGCACAAGUACUCAUUAACGUAUGGGCGAUUGGCCGAGACCCAACCACAUGGUCAGACCCGAAUGAAUUUGCGCCUGAAAGGUUUUUAGGGUCUGAAAUCGAUGUCAAAGGCCAAGAUUUCGAGCUCAUUCCCUUCGGUGCUGGAAGAAGGAUCUGUCUUGGACUGCCAUUAGCUCAUUGGAUGGUGCACCUGAUGCUGGCCUCUCUUCUUCACUCCUUUGAUUGGAAGCUUCAAGGAGAUAUGAAACCAGAAGAGAUGGACAUGAGUCAGAAGUUUGGAGUUUCAUUACAGAAGGCCCAGCCUCUCCUGGCUAUCCCCAUCAAAGUUUAA